GGCGCUGCCCCUCGCAGUCUCAGGCGCCCUCGAGCUCGACUUCAACGACAAAGGUGACCCCUACACAUCCUGCUCUUACUCACUCCCCAAUGACCCAACACAAUACUAACUACCCCACAGACACGCUUACAGGGGCCGCCAAGGACGUCGCCGACAGCCUGAUAAAGUCGUACUACAACGAUGCCGGCAAGCCCGGCAGCGUCCCCGGAAUCCUGCCCGACCCGUACUACUGGUGGGAGAGCGGCGCCGUCUACGACGGCCUCGUCAACUACUGGCAGCUCACGGGCGACGACGCGCACAACGCCUUUGUGCAGGAAGGGCUGGUGUGGCAGCUCGGGUCCGACGACGACUACAUGCCGGUGAACCAGACGCGGACGAUUGGCAACGACGACCAAAUGAGCUGGGCUCUCGCGGCCAUGAGCGCCGCCGAGCGCGGCUUCCCCACCAAAGAGGGCGCGCCGUCGUGGGGUCGCGUGGCCGCAAACGUCUUCGACGAGCAGGCCCAGCGCUGGGACGACAAGACGUGCGGCGGGGGGCUGCGCUGGCAGAUCUACCCCUUCAACAACGGCUACACGUACAAGAACAGCAUCGCGCAGGGCCUGUUCUUCCAGCUGGCUGCGCGCCUCGCCCGCUUCUCCGGCAACCAGACCUACGCCGACUGGGCCGAGAAGGCGUACGUCUGGACGCAGCAAAUCGGCCUCAUUGACCAGACGAACCACGUCUUGGACGGCGCCGACGUCGCCAAGAACUGCUCUGCUAACAGCAUCGAGAAGACCGAGUGGUCUAACAGCGCCGCUGCGUUCCUGUACGGCGCCGCUGUCAUGUCCAACUUUACAAACAACACCAGCCCCUGGCGCAGCCGCACAGAAAAGCACCUCACAUCCCUAACAAACGUGUUCUUCUCGCCCUCCAACGCCACCUCCAUCCUCAAAGAAGCCUCCUGCGACACAACGGCCGACUGCACGACCGACGCCCGCGCCUACAAAGCGCUCGCCCUGCGCUGGCUCGCGCAAACCGCCCUCAUGGCGCCCUGGACCGCCGACGACAUCUCCGACCGCCUGCGGCGCACCGCCGCCGCCGCCGCCGCCCGCUGCUCCCAGCUGCGAGGUGGCGGUUUGUGGGAGUGCGAGAGCUUGCAUGUGCCCGGCGACACGGGGCUCGGCGAGCAGCUCGUCGCGCUGGAUGCGAUCCAGGCGCUGCUGGUAAGCGACGCGGCUCCGCUCGCUGCCGCUAAUGCGACGGGGAACGGGACCGCGACCCGGGCGGGGGGCGCGAACGGUACGGCGGCGGCGGAGGCAUCGGCGAGGCCGUCG